GUUAAACGGGCCAGAUCGCAGAUGGACGUCCGCGGGAGCGUUUCUGUCAUGGAGAGUACGACGCGACAUGUCGUAAGAGUGGUCAAGUGUCGUCGUGGUCGUGGUCGUUGUCGCCGUAGCGGUCGCGUGUGCGGUACAAUUUCGGGACGUGUCGCGAUAUUGCCGCAGUGACAGUUGACAAAGGUACGCGUGCGUAAGGAUCGUAGGUGCUCCUGGUGCUACUGUUGAUAUACGUCGCGCGAACCGAAUAAUUAGAUACAGCUACGUCUUUUCACGGCCGAGUUCUAAGCAGUCGGAACGGGACUGGGCCCUCGCGUUCAGGAUAGAGCACGCACGUGCAUUUUGCAUUCGAUCGCGGCAGUAUGGUCGAUGAAUCGGUGAACGGUGCUGUGACACGUUAAUUACGGUGCAUGUCAGUGUGCCUAUUACUAAUAGAUCCGUGAGAUUCGUAGUGUCGGUUGUAAUCCACGUGCAGAGAACGCGGAUGCUCGAGAGGAACGAGCGUUGUCAACAACCGCAAGGGUGAAGGAGGGACAGUCACCUCGCGGUAUAUCGCGUACGCGGACGAACGUUUUCAUGGAAUCGAGUCAGUGUCGACGAGGCGGUUCGUGCGCACGUGUUGCCGCGUGACAUAAACGCAUCGUAAACACACAAACGAGCGCGGCCACGCAUUCGCUUAUGUUUAUAUCACGAAAUUCGAGCGGAGUUGAGUACGUUACCCACUUCGCGGAGCGUAUAUAAACAACGCGCACAGAAGCGUGUCGGAGUUUCUUCCGGUUACAAACAUCGCAAGCGUGAAUAUUAAUCUUAUUUAUUUGCGCAUUUCGACUUUGAUCGUGUCACGAACUUCGCUUUACGGUAGAAGCGGAAUUGCUGCCCAGGAGAUCAACCGUGCGGCAUUUCUCGCGCGAAAACGAGAAUACGAAAUCCUGUUAACCCGAUCCGUUAACGUAACGGACACACGGAGCGCGGUCGCGGAAGUUGACUCUUUGGUGAGGAAAAAUCGCGAAAAUAAGGAACAACCGUUCGAAACGAACAACCGGGUGGGUGUUCGCGUUAAAUAGGAACAGACCGAGCGUGCGUAAUCGGUGCACACAUCGGAGAUCGCGUUCUCUCGAAUUCUCUUGAACCGCGGUGAACGGGUGACGAAAAGGUGAAGAAAAAGAGGAGGAGAGACGAACGAUGCUGCUGUCCGGUCGUCGCGGCUAAUUCGCACGUGUCGCGAUGUCGGGCGGCACGGCGGGCGUCCGCGGCACCGGCGCCGAGUGCAGGAAGUUCGCGCCGAACAUAUUCAACAAGAGCAAGUGCAGCAGCUGCUUCAAGCAGAAGGAGGAGCACAGCGCGGAGGCUCUGGAAUGCAACAGGGCAACAAGGAAGAUUUCAAAAUGCGGCUACCUGUUCGUGGCUCCGGGCUGGGACUUCUCGAAUCCGUUGAAUCGGACGAAGAGAUGGCAGAGAAGAUGGUUCGUGCUGUACGACGACGGGGAGCUAACGUAUUCGGUGGACGAGCACCCGGAGACGGUUCCUCAAGCGAGGAUCGAUAUGACCCGGGUGUUGGAGGUCGCCGCCGCCGAGGAUAUCACCGGACAUCCGUACAGCCUGGCCAUCACCUCGCCGGAAGGUGUUACCUUCGUGAAGGGCACGUGCCGCGAGGAAACGCGGUGGUGGGCUGACAUGCUUCAGGUCUACUCCAGGAACAAGGGUCGACACAAGAGGAACGCGACGUUCCCGGGUGGACAGACGACUAUCCUUCAGGUCACUCCGACGAUAAGAAGCAACACUCCGAAUCCCCCUCGGCCCCGGUUCAACAGCUGUCGCUCGGAGCCCCGCAGCAAUACGUGGAUCCCAGAGACAAGUGUCUCCAACGAGCUUUGCCCUUCUGUAUUCUCUUCCACACCAUCCCUGGUAACCAGCAGCGUGGUGACGACGACUACCAACGCGAUGAGCAACGGGAACGCAGAGAACAGCAAUGCGUCGCCGUUAAGAGCUAGCACACCCUUGGAGAACGGCUCCAGCUACUUAUCACCCGUUUCGACCACCUCGUCUAUGAACGGGAGCGUGUCUAAUACCGUUUACUCGACCACGUCGACGUCAACGGCUGUGUCCAGCGGGUCGUUAACGGACAAGCCACCGAUCGUGCCGAACGAGGGUAGGUCGAGCUACAGGGAUCAGCCGGCGAGCAGCGCGUCGCCUCCGACCAGGGAUAAACUCCGAGCGGAGGACAAGGCCAGGCGGAGGAUGAAUCAGCACGAGGAACGAGCGGGAGCGAGCACCAACGAGAAACUAGACGAUGACGCCUGUCGAAGGAUCCUGUUGGAGCACGAGAGAGAACGAGAGGACAAGCUGCGAGAUAUUGCUGCCUCUCUGACGCAGCCACGUGUUAGGAGAAUCAAACCGAGAAGUUCUGAGCCUACCAGAGACGUAGUGGACGCAGCUAACGCGGCGUAUCAAGAUAAAUUUAUCAGGGGCGAUCCCGAUGGCUGCGGUUUGGAUAUCUCCGGGAUCAGGUACUCGCCCACCUCGGAGCUGAGGGUCGAUCUGCCCGCGGAGGACUUACUAAACAUCAAGAAAGGCUGGCUAAUGAAACAGGGCCUGAACAAGGAAUGGAACAAGCACUGGUUCGUGCUACGCGGCUGCGGCCUCAUGUACUACCGAGAUCCCUGCGCGGAAGAUAAGGGUAUCAUGGACGGCGUCAUAGAUCUGAAUACCGUUACCGCCGUCACGCCCCUUCAAGUCGCAAGAAAUUAUGGAUUCCAGACCGUGGCUUGGGACGAUAGAGGAUCUACUGUGUUGUCCGCGGUUACUGCUGGAAUACGGGCCAGUUGGAUAUCAGCCAUUCGAAGAGCCGCGAAUCUACCAGAUCCGGACAGCAAUAACGACUCGUUGAUAGUCUGCCAAGACGGACAGCAAGACAAUACUCCACAAUCGCCCACCGCAUCUAUAACGGAACGUGAACGGGAUUCGGUGAUUCCAUCGACGUCAGUUACACCGCGUUCUGUCCUGUUCUCUUCGGACGAGGAAUAUCGCACGGCAUCGGAGGGUGGCAGACGAGAAUCUGGCGACUGGUCCGAGGUCCCCGUGUCACCGCCUCUCGUAAGGAAUGGCGACUGGACCAGCGGGUUGAAAAGUUCCAGUUGGUCAGAUUCGGCUAAUCACGAGUGGUCGGAGUUACCACCCUCGCCACCGUUGAACAGAACAGCCCUAUCUCGGGUAAAAGCCCGAUCCAGAUCUAGCUCCAGGUCUAGAGUAUACAAACGUAGCCGCAGCUCGCCUCCGAGCUCGAGGAGGAGCACGUUGGACAGCGUGAGAUCCGAGGACCUGAUGAUGGCUUGCUGCGAACUCGGCGAAGACGAGGAGCAGCCGAACGGGCAUCUGCAGAGUAACAGUUGCCUGUCGAGCGCCAACGAGAGUCCUCUGAUCGUGGAACUGUUGGAGAAUCAAGUAUCGCUGCUGCGCGAUCAGUUGGACCAGAAUCAGUCGCAUCCGAGUACGCUACUAGUCAUUAUCGAGCGUCAGGAGAACGAGAUCGAGAGCCUGAAGUCGCAGUUGAACGCUGCGAGAGCGGACGUCGCGAGUGCCGAGAAAGAGUUAUCCAGGUUGAGGCAGCAGAAAGCAGAGGCUACCAUUAGAGAGAAACAGGUUGACGAGUUGUUGAACACGAUACAGAGAACGGAACAAGAGCGGAGCAAAGACUUGGACGAUCUAGAGAAGAUGAAGAAGAUGUAUAAUAGAGAUAAAGAGGUUCUCGAGUGCAAAUUAUUGGAAACAGAGGCUAUUCUUAGAGAAACCAGCGAGCGAUGCGAAAUGCUGACUAAGGAACUGGCUUCGAGUCAUAGGACCGUAGAACAUCUGCAGUCGGAGAUAUCUUCCCUGAGUAACAGACUGUCUCAGGGAAUAGACGAGAACGAGAGGUUGUACAACAAAGUUCGAGAAUUGGAGGACAAAGGGGGAUUGUCGUCCUCGAGGGAACGUAGGAGAAGUUUCGAUUCUCUCAGCGAUCUGACGAACAUCGAACUGGAUCUGGAUUUGAAUUCCCUGGAUAAGGAAAGAAUCGUGGAAGAAUACGACGAACUUCGAAGCCGUUUCGAAAAGGCAAUCUUGGAGAUACGCGCGAUGCGUAAGGAACUUCGCGAGGCGCACGCGAUGCAGGAUGCCUUGGAGCUGGAGAUUUUUGCUCACAAGCAGGACGCGGCUAACGUGAACGAAACGAAUCAAGCUCAGAUACAGUUGAUGGCGGCGAGGAUUCAGGACUUGACGAACAAGCUCGCUGCCAGUGAGAAGCAAGUGAGGACCUUGAAGCAGAAAUUAACAAAAGCUGAGACAAGGGACAAGAGGAGAUCUCUGUCGCUGAAAGGUCGUGAAUCCUUCCAAAUUUCGCAAGAAAUGGAGGACAAGCUCUUGGAUCUGGAGAACAAGAUUUGCGCUAUAGAACGUGGGAGGAACAUCAAUGCGGCCGCGACUGGAAGCAGCUCGAAGGAUUCGAGUCCUAAUCCAAAGAAAGAGAAGAGGAGGGACGGGAAGAGUUUGGAUCGCACUAGAUUGAGAAGAAAAUCGCUAGACAGUGCAACGAGCUCCGAGCCCAUGAAGGUGUUGAUAAGAUUGAGCACGUUGGAGACGAAAGUGGCGAACGUUGCCGAGAAUAUAGCGAGCGACGUCGAGAAAGAUUCGAGCGAGUGUAGCGAGGUGAGCGGAUCGUCGACCAGCGAAGUUUCGUUGGAAAUCAUCGCGAGGUUAAGAAAACUGGAGAGAGUGGUGUCGAAGUCGAAGAGGAGACUUGAGAAGUGUCUAGGCUCGACGCAGGCGGAGGACAAAGCGGAGAAAUGUCUGCGCGAGGUGAACGACAUCCUCGACUCGUGUUUAGAAUGUAAGAAAAAUCAAGCCAGCGCUCAGGCGACCGAGUCAGUAGGCGUAGUGGUAUCUAGACUAGAGACUAUACUUAAAGAUAAGCUGAGCGAACUCACGAAGAGGCGGCACACGCUCGAGCAGAACGGACAGCUGGACGAUCGCGCGAAGAUGAGGCUGACCGCGGAGCGGGUCGCGUUCGAGUUCGUCGUCCUCAGACAGAUAAAAUGCGCGAUCGGUCGUACGUUCGACAGGAGUGCCGUUCUCAGUGAAUUGGUCGAAACUAGUCAGCUUGCCUCAAGCUUAACGCGUAAGAUUCACGGAACUAAGCCCAAAACGUACCAAAAGACCAGUUACAUUCAGUAUCUUACUCGAGUGUUAGCGAAUAAGUUAGUGCUAGUAGGCGGCGUGGCCGCGACGGAGACCGCGAGCAAGGAGGUGUCUGCGGCUCGUAGCGAGAGCCUGAACUUCCUGCUGCAAAAGCAACGCGAGGUAAACGAGAUUGUGCGCAGAUACAAGGAGACGAAAUUGAGGCAGCUCGCUGAAGCGUUGGCCGCGGAGACGCUGAACAUGUCGGAGCAGGAGGACGCGAACAAGCAACUGACGAACAGCUCUGGCAACAAGCUGCUGGAGGAUCGAAGAAUUCGCGAGGCGUGGGCAUUGGCUCAGGAAACGGUCAGCAAAGAGUUGGUGCAGGCCGAGGUGUCACACGUAAUCAUGCGAUGCGGUCAAAUGUACGAGCAGAACAUCACUAGUGUAACCGACGCCUGUUUGAACUUCGACAAUUCGGAGAGCGUAACUUUGGAAGCUUGGAUCGACACAGCUCAGAUGAUGCUGCGUCAGGAGAUUGAACAGUCUAAUCGCGAAUUGUCGGACAUGUACGAGGAAUGCCUUCACCAGUUGAAGAAGAAUAAAUCGACGGUCGAAACUAAGUAUGAGUCGCGUCAAUUACUGACAGACUACGCGGACGUGAUCGCGCACAAAGCUUUAAUAGAUGCCAGAAUCGGGCUUCUUCAGGAGAACACGAGACAGUUGACGAGCUUCCCUGGGGAGACUUUCGUAUCUAGUCUAAUUCGAAACGACGACGUUCUUUCGUGUCUGCUAGCGGCAGACGAGCAAGAGUUCCAAAGCAAUCCGAUUCUCGACGCGGAGUACAGUUACCUUUAUCAGCAGUUUAGUAAGGAGUGCGAGGACAGGAUAACCGGAUCGAAACGCGCCACGAAAGAGCAGAUGAAGAACAUCGGUCAAAGCUUGCUGUACCUGGAGGAAGACUUGGUCGAGCUCGGCAAGCGCGUUCGCGAGAGAUCUGGUGAGGAGAACGAGAAUUUCGCCUGGCUAAACACGAAACCAAGCGCGGCCAGCAUCACCGAUUGGUCGAAUGUCUGCGAGAAGUGCUCGCAGCUACGCGAACAGAUAAAAAAAUUGAGCGACUAUAUGAACAGCGUGACUUGCAAACAAUGCGAACAGUUGCAAGAAACAAUUCAAAGGAUAACGGCGGAGCAUAACGAGGAGCUGGAGACGCUUAAACGUAAUCAGGAGAGAGAUUUGAUGGACAUCAAGGGAGAAUUGGAUAAUCAGAGACAAUCGUUGACUUCCCAGUACGAGCAAGAAGCAGCCAGUUUGCGGGAGAAGGCCAGGAAAUUGGAGCACAGAUUGAACGCCAUGGAUUCCGAGCAUUCAGCUCACGUGAACGAGCUCAGGGCGGCCUAUCAGAGAUCCAUGAGCGCCGAAUUGGACACAGACGCGGAGACGAGGAAGAGAUACAAGGAGGAGAUCAAGCAAUUGCGUGCGCUCUGCGAGAAGGGAUUGAUAGCUAUGGAGAACUCUCAUAGACGUAUUAUUUCCGAAAUGGAGGAGAAGCAUCGACAGGAAUUAGAGAACCUGCGAGUGGAGAAGGAGCAAGCGCUGUCAGAAGAGACUCAGGCAACUCUCGCUGCUCUCGACGCUAUGAGGAAAGCGCACGAACAUGAAGUACAGAAAGAAAUUGCGAAAUUCAAGCAGGAGUUCAUCAAACAGAUGCAGGCGCGCGAAGACAUUGGCGUACUUCACAAAGAGCACGAGGAAGAAAUGGAGGAAAUCAAACAGGAAAUUCUGUCGCUAUCAGCGAAGUAUUCCUCGAAGUGCGUAGAAUCCGCGGCUUUGGAGGAGAAAGUGGGGUCUCUCACGAAGCAGCUUGCCCAGGCGCAGCAACACAUCAUGCAACUGGACGUGAGGAACAAACAGUUAAGGGCUCAUCUAGUUUUGGAAACGAACGAUAACACCAUGAACGACACGAUGCAGAUGUUGAGAGGCAGAGACAGCGAGAUUGCCGAGCCGAGGGAAGAAAUUCAUCGAUUGCAGCAGUUGAAGCAUGGGGAGGCCCCUCGUGAUACCCCGCCCGGUGUGCCAUCGAAAUCUGCAUCGGUAACGAGCUAUUCGCCGCCGUACUCGCCGCAGCAGCGUGUACGGGGUAGUAACGAGCCGUCGCCGCCGGUAAGAUCGGCGAGCAGCGAGGAGCAGAGAACGAUCGGCGAACGGCCGAGAAGCUCGCUGUCGACGUUGCAAAAGUGCAAUUCAUUGCAAUCGGACAACAAGCAACAGGCGGCAACCGCGUUCUCGUACAAGCUCGAACGGGUUAAAUCGGUCUCGUUGCCGUAUUCGGGUAACAUUGUUAGGCCGGGCAGUAGUACUGGCGUGCCGUCGCACGACAGGAAAGAAGCGAACUUAGGGCAAAAGAGCCAGGAGCGUAAUGGGCUGGUGUCGCCGCUUUGGGACAGCCUGAGACCGAGGAGCGGACUGCCCCAUCAGUAUCAAGGUGGCACAGCAGUCGGCGACGGGAGCAGCUGGCAGAGCAACAUCAAAAGCGAGAAACAGCACCGCCCGGAGGCGUACGGCUUCCGUGCCGACGAUCCUCGCCUCACCCCGGAACCCCCAGCUCUCUCUGUUGCAGAGCUGAUGAGGUCUCCAGCAGUGAGGUGGUCCAGCAGAAGUUGUCGCAGUCUGCCCCCAACGCCCACGCCGAGCUACCAUCACCCGCUCCAUCCCCCACUGCCCGCUGUGGGUAUGGUGGCCGAAAGGAAGAAACGUUUCGAGCUCUGAAUGGCUAAUUACUAGUUCUAAUACACGAUCGAGCCUUUACCAGAAAAUUAUAAUCGUAUCAUCCGAAAUUAAUAUCGUUUUUGAAUGGUGCUAGACCGGUUGCUUGUUUCAAGUCUUCCUCGUCGAAGAUCCAGUUUUGAUCACUCUUCAGCACAUUUCCUUCCAUAAAUGGUCUACAGAUUACAUAUUUCAUCACUGCCACGGUCAAUAGGGCUUCGACGGUAGAAUGGAGCAACGUUCGUGUCAAUUAAUACGGUCGCCCGGGGAUCGUGCUCGUUGUAACCGUAUUGAGCAUGUUUAUCAAGUAAACAUGAUUCAAUAGCCGAAACGAGGCUCGGGUCCGGCGCGAGGAUCGCGAGCUGCGCUUCACGUUGUUGGACGCCUAUCGCGUACGAUAGGUCGUUUACGAAGGGGCUAUAUUUUUUGUUAUCGAGUGUAUACCGUUUACAGGACUGUUGUUUGAAUAACAGUCGUUUGAUACGCAUUUAGACUUUGAUACGUGAACUUUAUCCCGUAGAACCGAGUAGUAGUUGUCUCAAUCAAUAAACUCGAAUGAAUGCGUUCCUGGGGCAUUAUUCAAAUAGUUUGCCGUUUCUCGUCUCUUGAUGCAAUCAAUGUAUUUAUGACUCGGUCAACUCUCUUUUAAAUUAUCAUUCUACGACGAUACGAAAAUACGCUGUGAGGUCUUUGAGAAUUAUUUCUGGUGACGAGAAAUGGCAAGAAAAUGAAUCCAGAUUUCAGCGUGGGUCAUUUUAAUAAAUCAACGUUUUAGCGUCUCGAAUGGAGAAGUCUCUGAACUAAUGAGAUCAGAAUUUGAAACGAUGGAUGGUUCAUCGUGAGUCAGGUGUGCAAGUAUCGUGAGAGUUUAAACACAAUAUACCGCGUAAGUGUGUGUUGAUAUCAAAACUAUACGAACGAUUGAUCAAAAUUGUUGCGGUUUGUCGCUAUUUCUGUUUUACUAAAGAGAGAGAAUUAAACGAUUUCGUGUAAUCGUCGUUUACUAUCGAGUAACUUGUCAAAGGGGGCUAAUUCUAAUCGACGGUCGGCUCAAAGUUCUUCUUUUAGGGAGGCUUUAAUCUUUUUCAUUUGUUGACACGUUAUUCGCGGUUACUAUUAAUAUUAUUUUUUGUUUUGUUUUGUAAAGUCGAUCAGCGCGUUGAAGGGAAAUACGACGGGGUCUCGUCGCGGCAAGAGAAGAGAAGGGACGCGUUAUUUCAUAUGUAUUUUUUCUUUUUCCUUACACUCUGUGCUGUCUCUCGUUGAUUCUUCGCGGUCGAAAAUUAAUUGUACGCUUGUUUCGCUCUUGUUAUGUAUAGAUUCUGCACAUAAUUGAAUAUAAUAACGGCGUUGUCACGUUGCACUGUGUAUUACCGCAUUCGCUCAUUUGUGUAAAUGUUUUUUACAUCGGAUCGCGAUAUUAUCAUUUCUCGAUGUUAAUACUGUAUAGUUUAUGACGUUUUCAAUUUAAGGAGCAAGAAAGUAUAAAUAGCCUAGAAUUAACCCCUUCCAUAUCAAAUGGAUUGUUUAUAUUAUAUGUUAUCAUUAAUGUAUUCUAUAGUAUAUACAUAUUUCGCAGCUCGUUUCAGCGAAAAUGUACCGCGACAUCGUGAACGAUGUUGGGGCGAGCGGUUCACAACAAAAAAAAGAAGAGGAAUUAUUGAUAACAAUGCGAUUCAUUAUCUCUUUAUGUAGAGUAAUUACUCAGGAUUGUUUAACAUUUAUAAUAUAUUAUGAUUAUACUUAUUCUAUUUGUAUUAUAAUUUAUAAUAACGUUUGAAAUAAAAUAUA